CUUUGACGACGUUUUUAUUGUGUUAUUAUUAUACUUGGUAUAUAAUAAUCAUACCAAUAAAUAGUUUGAAGCCAAAUUCCUAAAGUGUAUUGAUAGAUGGAAUUCACCGUCAUAUCUCCCGAUCAAUCCCAUUGGGGCAUGGAUCGUAAGAAUAAAGAUGAGGGGAAUGGAGCCAAAGAUGGAGAGAUACUGCAUCGAAUUAAAAUAAAUGAAUACCUCAGUAAGCUCCCUAAGAUGUUUGAGUCUAUUGACGAAGAAGUAAAGGCAGCCGUUAUCCCUCCCAACGCUGACGAAGAAACUAAAAAAAGGCUAUAUGCUAAUCUCCAAAUUUGCAAAGACAAUGUCAUGAGCAAGAUAUUAAAGGCGAUGGAAAUGUCUCAAGUGACGGGUCAUGAAUGCACUGCCGGCGCACCCACCCAAGCUGUCGGCUCAGUAUCAACAAUAAAUACUUAAUUAUUUAUUGGUU